AGUGCCUGUCACUCUCAGUGAGCAGAAGGAAGAAUAAACCUGAAAGAAGAGCAGCAGCAGAUAUCACCCUCUAGUUCAGAGCGCAUCAACUCCUCAAGAGAAGAACAACCUUCAGCGUCACAGAAGAGAAGAUGAAGUGCGCACACGUGGCUCUCGCUGCUGCAGUCGUCAUCGCAUGCAUCUGCAUCCUUCAGACCGCAGCCGUUCCAUUUGCACAGCAGGAGCAGGACGAGCAUCAAAUGGAGAUUGAAACACCACAGCAGAACGAACACUCGACAGAAACAACAGAAACUUCACAGGGACAAACAAACCCCCUGGCAUUUUUCAGGACAAAACGUCAAAGCCAUCUUUCCCUGUGCAGAUACUGCUGCAACUGCUGUCGCAACAAAGGCUGUGGAUAUUGCUGUAAAUUCUGAUCACAUGGGCAUUUGAUGUGCACUUGGGAAAAGAGUUUCUUUGAAACAUUAACUUAUUUGGAAUUUUGUCUUCAAAGUCCCUGCUGAAAUGAUUUCCCCUGUCGCACCAUGUUGCUUGAAACGGGUAUAAAUGCAGGCUGUGUCUCCAUGCACAAGCUUUGUAAAAGUUGCAGCUACUGAAAUCUAACAGACAUUAUGAGGUGAACUCACCUACUUUUGUUAACUCUGUUAUGAUUUUAUAUAUUUUAUACAUGUGUGUGUAUAUAUAUAUAUAUUAUGCUUGUGUACAUAGACAUGUUGCACCAAUGAUUGUUUGGUAUAAUGAAAAAACAUUUUUAAUAAAAUGAUUUUUAAACAUUUA